UACAAACACAUGUCUGCCAUAUACGUGCACUACUGUACAGCGAUAUACCGUACGCGAACCCCCAUUCAUUCAACGUACAAGUACAAGACCAAACGAUCGGUGCGAUAUGAUGUGAGAUUUCUAUUUUCAUGUAAUAACCGCUCACUGUGAAACCACCGCGCAGUGCAAAUGUGAUUUUAAGGAAUAUUCCCGUAUAUCUGGACCAAGAGAUAAGAUCUUCCUCCCGUGAGGAGAGACGAAACAAGCUGUAGACGAGAAGGAAGGAAGGAGAGAACGAACAAUCCCACCGAAAUUGUUUUAUGAUGAGUGCCAAAACCAAUCCCUCCAAUACGUCGACGUCACAGUGUGACUGUCCAGAAAAGAAGAACCACCACAGCAUUCUAUAUACGUUAUUAUCAUCAGGGACAUCGUCGACCGCGGCACCGUCAGCAUCGCCGAAGACGGAAGCGACGGAGGACGCGCAGUGCCAACCGAUUAAGCCGGAAGAAGAGGAGGCGGGGAGCAACCAACAGGAGGCAAUAUAUCCGUGGGACUGCCCAAUGAGGGCGCUACAUACUCUACCCACGAUCAUCAGACUUAAACAUGCGGAGGAGGCGUGUCCGUACGCAGCCCAGCUCCUCAUCAAAACGGUCGAUUUCAUCAGGAAUCUACCCGCGGUGCUGUGUCUGUCACGAAGUGAUCGCGUACGACUCCUCCAGCACUGCUGGUCAGAACUCCUCAUCCUAACCAUGGCGCAAUGUCAAUUCCACAUACAAGUUGAAAAAGUCUCCUUUCACAAAGACUCGCAAGACAACAACAACGUGAACACCGGUGUAAAUAGUAAACCCGCGUCGUCGGCAAUGUCCAUCGCCAAAUCCUGCUCGGAAAAGGAUUGCCGCGAGGGCGCCCUACUGAAAUAUAUUAUUGCGACGCAAGGAAUUCCCACAACGUCGGACAUAGAUACUUUAAAUGCGUUUUUCCAGAAGUGUCAAACACUCCAGAUCGACGAUAAGGAAUUUGCAUAUUUGAAAUCAACCAUCUUCUUCAAUCCAGGUAAGAAAAAGAAUGCAUUUAAAUAGUUUAUUAAUACAAGAAAAUGGGUAAAUUGUCUACAUGUAUGUUCAUUUUUAUUUGUAGGGAUGCAUGAAUGAUAUGUUGAAAGUUGAAAGGUUAUAAAAACUCAAUACAAAACCAAAUGUGUUUUGGCUGCGCAACAAGUAAUAAUUAAAAUGUUCAUUCUCAUAACUUAAAUGGGGAAAUAUUUUUGUACACCUACCUGUAUCUACAAUGUAGGUAGAUCCAUCCAUAUUCUUUUCAGUGUAUCCCGUGCACAACUAUCAUGAAUGUACAGUAACUUUCUUCAAAUUGCAUGUAUAUUGUUAUUUUUAUUUUUUCUAGAAGCUUAUAAAUGCUUAAGAUGACCCCUUUUCUGAAUUUACCAUGUCAUUAUCAUACAUCAAAAGUUAGAAGAUUGUAAAAGCUAGUAUAUAAAUGUUGAUGUAAUAAACAUCAUAUCAAAUCAACCCAAAACUAAAUUGACAAAAUGACUGUACUACUGAGUUAAUUGAUGUGA